GGCGCUCUCUCCUGCCGCCAUGUCAGUGUACCCUGUUCUUCCUUCCAGGCCUGUAUUGCCUCACAUCCAAACGAACUGCCAGAAAUGCAGCGCACAUCUUGAAUUUCUCAUGCCUACACCUCAGCCACGACCAGGAACCCUCUUACAGAUCCGGUGUUUUUCAUGUCAAACGAUACUAUCUCAUGCAUUCUAUCCGGCUCAAGUACCCUCGCAUGCAGCACUGAAUACCCCAUCAUCAACUAACAACUCUAAGCCUUCAUCCAGCCAGGCUUCUUUCGCAAGGAAAGGCAGGAAAAUUGGGACCCAAGAACGCCCUUUAGAAACGGGAUAUUACGACAUCUUGGGCGUCCCAGUCACUGCCACGACAGAUGAUAUAAAGAAAGCAUAUCGCCGUCUCGCUAUCAAGCAUCAUCCCGACAAGAACCCAGAUGAUCCUAAUGCCGAGGAGCGUUUCAAAGAAAUUGCUAUUGCCUAUCAAACCCUUUCUGACGAUCAAUUGCGGAAGAAGUACAACGAGUUUGGUCCUAAGGAGAGCGCUCCAGAGGGAGGCUAUGUAGAUCCAGAAGAGGUGUUCGGCGCUAUAUUUGGUGGUGAUCGCUUCGCCCCGAUUAUUGGUCAAAUCAGUCUGGCUAGAGAUAUGAAGACUGCGUUGCAGGAAGCAGAAGAAGCAGAGGGGAAUGAACCGAAGGACUCCAAAGGGAGGCCAAUAUUGAGCGAGGAAGAAAAGGCGAAGAAGGAAGAGAGAGACAGAAAGAAGGCUUCAGAGAAAGCAGCACAAAGAGCGGAACGGGUCCAGAAGCUGGUCGAAAACCUUGGGCGCAAGCUGGGCAUCUUCACGGAGUCCGCGACCGGUCCCAAUGACGCCGAUGUCACGCGAAGUUGGCGGACAAUAUGCCAACUUGAGGCCGAAGAGCUUAAGCGAGAAUCGUACGGCGUUGAACUUCUCCAAGCUAUUGGAUUUGUUUAUGCAUCCAAGGCAAAACAUCAUUUGGCUACCAAUCAGACCUUCCUUGGCGUCGGUGGUUGGCUUCACAACGUUCAAGGAAAAUACCAUGUAUUCAGCGAGACCGUGUCUACGCUUCGUUCAGCGAUAGAGCUCAAGACUGUCUUCGACCAGAUACAAGCCGCCGAGAAGGCGGGCAAUCUAAGCCCGGAAGAUAAGCGGAAGCUGGAGGAACAAGCUGCGGAGAAAGGGCUGCAGGCUCUGUUCAAGGGCACCAAACUUGAAAUUGAGUCAGUCCUACGGGAAACAUGUGAUCGCGUUCUGGAAGAUCCCAAUAUUACACGGGACAAGGCACAGAUGCGUGCCGUUGCGAUGCAGAUCCUCGGCGAGGUGUACAUGUCGGUCAAGAAGGAGAACGGGCAAGGUCAGCUGGAUGAGGGUGAGUACGUAAGGGUUGAUACGAAAAGCAGUCGAGCGAGAGAAGGACGAUGAGUCAUGUUGCAUUUUGUGUUUCAUGCAUACAAUCAUUGUAAUUCUAGUCAUAUCAGGCCCCAGGGUAUGUAGUAUACAGUAGCAUCUAGGUAUCGUAGAUUCAAUGCAUCUUGUUCCAACGC